GCCGCGCGCGCUCGCGCCCCGCCGCCCGGCCCAGCCCGUGAUUGGUGCGGGCCCGGCGGAGCCGAAUGCCAGGCCCGGGCCGCGACGGCGGCGGAGUCCUGCGGGCCGAGCCCCCCCGCUCCCGCCGCCCGACGCCGGGGCGCAGCCCGCCGCGAGGAGCCGCGCAGUUAAGUUGGAGCCUCCCUGGAGUGGAACACUUACUGUUGCUUGAAACCUCCAUCUUUGUGGGCUGCUUGCUGCUAACUCACCUGAGGACCUCAAGAGUAUAAAAGAAUGACAUCUGCUCAGUUCCUUCCUGUAUGAUGAAGAUACAUUAUUUGUGAAUGAAUUUAGCUGAAUAUGGAUCCGGGUGGUGGAAGUCUUGGAUUGCAAACACAAGAAUCCAAAAUGCCUCACGCCAUGAUUAUGCAGGACUUCGUGGCUGGAAUGGCUGGCACUGCUCAUAUUGACGGAGAUCAUAUUGUUGUGUCGGUCCCUGAAGCUGUCCUUGUUUCUGAUGUUGUUACCGAUGAUGGAAUAACUCUUGAUCAUGGCUUAGCAGCUGAAGUUGUGCAAGGACCUGACAUCAUCACUGAAACUGAUGUUGUAACAGAGGGUGUCAUUGUUCCUGAUUCUGUUCUGGAAACUGAUGUGGCUAUUGAAGAAGCACUAGAUACCAGUGAUCAUGUUCUGACUUCUGAUCUAAUAACAGAAGCUGUUAGAGUUCCUGAUCAGGUGUUUGUGGCUGACCUUGUUACGGGUCCUGAUGGACAUUUGGAGCACGUGGUGCAAGACUCCGUGUCAGCAGCUGACUCACCUACAAUGGUCUCAGAAGAAGUCCUUGUAACGAACUCAGAUUCUGAAACAGUCGUUCAGGCAGCUGGUACUGUUCCUGGCUCUACAGUGACUAUAAAAACAGAAGAUGAUGAUGAUGGCAAGAGUACAUCUGAAGACUACUUAAUGAUAUCUUUGGAUGAUGUUGGAGAAAAACUGGACCACAUAGGAAGCGCUCCCUUGAAAAUCAGUACCGAGGUGACAAAUGAUGAAGCGGCUAAAGAUGAUGGGUUUGGCUCUGAAGUUAUCAAAGUAUACAUAUUUAAAGCUGAAGCUGAAGAUGAUGUUGAAAUAGGUGGGACAGAAAUUGUCACAGAGAGUGAUUUUCACAAUGGACAUUCAGUAGCUGGAGUAAUUGAACAAGGAAGUGUUGGUAGAAUGCAGCGAGAAAAAAUGGUUUACAUGGCUGUUAAGGACUCUUCUCAGGAAGAUGAAGAUAUUAGCUGUGCUGAAAUAGCAGAUGAAGUUUACAUGGAAGUUAUUGUAGGUGAAGAAGAAGCUACAUCACUUCCAGACACACAGCUCGAAGAGACUGGUGUGAAUAAAACUUUUGUUCCUGUUGCUUGGGCUGCUGCUUACGGAGAUGACAGAAGACUACCCAGAAGAUAUGAAGAUGGUCAAGCGGCAGGGAAUAACUUGGAUACACGAUUAGAAAACAAAAACGGUAAUGCAACACAAUACCUGCAGAUUUGUGAUAGCAUUAGCACUAAUAGAGUGCUAAAACAAAAAACCAAGAAAAGGAGGAGAGGAGAGGCCAGGCAAUGGCAAACAGCUGUUAUAAUAGGUCCUGAUGGACAGCCCUUAACAGUUUACCCUUGUCAUAUAUGUGGGAAAAAAUUUAAAUCCAGAGGAUUCUUGAAAAGGCAUAUGAAGAAUCAUCCAGAUCAUUUGAUUAAGAAGAAAUACCAGUGUACAGACUGUGACUUUACAACUAACAAAAAAGUAAGUUUCCACAAUCAUCUGGAAAGCCAUAAACUUAUAAAUAAAGUUGAUAAAACCCAUGAGUUUACAGAAUAUACAAGAAGAUACAGAGAAGCAAGCCCGUUGAGUUCUAAUAAACUAAUACUGAGGGACAAAGAGCCUAAACUGCACAAGUGCAAAUAUUGUGACUAUGAAACUGCAGAGCAGGGGCUACUCAAUAGGCAUCUACUUGCAGUUCACAGUAAGAACUUCCCUCAUGUAUGCGUGGAGUGUGGGAAAGGAUUCCGUCAUCCAUCAGAGCUGAAAAAGCAUAUGAGGACCCACACUGGGGAAAAGCCAUACCAGUGUCAGCACUGUGUCUUCAGGUGUGCUGAUCAGUCCAAUCUGAAAACUCAUAUCAAAACCAAACACGGGAAUGACUUGCCGUUUAAAUGUGAGCACUGUCCCCAGGCUUUUGCAGAUGAAAAGGAGCUGCAGCAGCACACAGAAUUGUUUCAAGGGCAUAAGACUCAUCAGUGUCCACACUGUGACCAUAAGAGCACCAACUCCAGUGACCUGAAGCGACACAUUAUUUCAGUUCAUACAAAGGAUUUUCCCCACAAAUGCGAGGUAUGUGAGAAAGGCUUCCAUCGUCCAUCAGAGCUCAAAAAGCAUAGUGAAACCCAUAAAGGUAAAAAGAUACAUCAGUGUAGACACUGUGACUUUAAAACGUCAGAUCCUUUUAUACUGAGCGGGCACAUCCUCUCAGUUCACACAAAGGACCUGCCUUUUAAGUGCAAAAGGUGUAAAAGAGGAUUUAGGCAGCAAACUGAACUUAAGAAGCACAUGAAGACCCACAGUGGAAGAAAAGUUUAUCAAUGCCAGUAUUGCGAAUAUAGCACUACAGACGCCUCAGGCUUCAAACGGCAUGUUAUUUCCAUUCAUACAAAAGACUACCCUCACCGAUGUGAGUAUUGCAAAAAGGGAUUCCGUAGACCGUCAGAAAAAAAUCAGCAUAUAAUGAGGCACCACAGAGAGGCCAUAAUGUAAUAUAUGAUGUCAAGAAGGAAGCAAUUUAGAAACUGUGUUACGAUAAUUGGGGAAAAAAAAUCUCAUGAACUGUUUCUCCUGGUUUCAAAGCUCGAUAUUAAAUCAUAACUUUACAUUCUUUGUAUUAAAAGUCUUAAAAGCAUUAGGGUUGACAGGGGAUCUCAUAGCCCUAUGAUUGUUGCUUAUCAGAACCUGAAGAGCACUAUAGAAUGCAGAAAGAUAGAUGAAUGUCUUAAAUUUGCAGAAGGAUGAAUGAAUGUCUUUAAGUAAUAGUAUUACGCGUUGUUAAGCUAUGGAAGACAAAAAGAAGAUGAUUGUGUUACCCGUUUUGUCAGUGAGAGCAUUUGUCUCCAUACUAAAACAGUUCAGAUAUGUGAUGGGAUUCUUUACAGCUGGUUUGCUGAGGCAGCUGGGCCUGGCUUCUCGUGUGGUCCUGAGAGAAGAGUAUUUGUCAGUCACCUGGUCAUAACGUUUGAAAUUGUGCCUGGAAAUUAUAUUGUAGAACUGGUCAGCGUUAGGGGGGGUUGUCCUUAUUUCAGCAAAUACAACGUUUCAGUGGGAAGCGUUUGGGUUUCCUCUAUUAGUUAGGUCCAACGAGAAGUUUGUAAUGAUUUUCAAAGCUGCUAACCUAUUUUAUUGCAGGAUACGAUGAUAAAAUACAGCGUUAUGUUCUGAUCUCAGAGGUGGUGUUGUGGUGCUAGGCUUAAAGACGUGUAUGUACAUAACUACCCUUUUUUUACCUGAAACUGCGGCUGAAUGUUGUUCAGUAUGGCACAUAAAGUUAAGUUUGAAUCCAACACUCUAUUUUUUAAGGAUGAAAUGGAUGCAGCUGAUAGUGUUGCUACUCAGCACUACUUUUUUUUUUCUCAAUACUUUAAAAUCUCGAAGUACUAUUAAAAAGAAAAUGGAAAAGAAACUAUAGUUUGUUUUUAAUUAAAAGUCAAAGUACUUAGAAGCUCUUUAGGGCAGUGUUCUUAACAGGUGUGGCUAUUGCCCUACCUCCUAAUAUGAAAUUUUCAGUAGAGACAUAAAAUUGCACCUUUUAAUCAAUUCUUUUAAAAAAAGAAGUCUAUACCACGCUAUAAACGUGCAUUUUCAAUCUGUAAGAAAGUAUAUAUGCAGUAUUUAGCCAGAGAAAUAUGCUGCCGCUAGAGUUUGGAGAUGGAUCUUCAGUUUACAGUGUAUACAUUUAAAAUAUGCAUCCCUUUAAACAAUGCUUUGUGUUAGCAUGCUGCAAAUCAAAUGGCGCUUAAUAUAACGAGCUGGUCUAGGGCUAUUUAAUGAACAACCUGUUCAUAAGUGUUACGCAUAUAAUGUGUAUUUUUUACUCUUUUUAGUUGCUUCAUGUUUGCACACAGCUGUUCACAUGAGAAAUUGUAAUUUCAUGCUAUAUGGUGGCUUUGUGUUUCAGAUAAUGUUCAUAUUUUGUUUUUGCACCAGAUGAGAAUCAGUUCCUUGAGAAAUUUUUUUGUUUUUAUUUUAUUUUUUUUUAUAUAUUUCUAAACUUCAGGAAGUGAAAUUUGGGAAAUCUCUUAGAAAAAUACGUGUUUUAUGUGGCUGUAAAAAAUGAUGUACACGCUGUAAAAUAAGAUUGUCACUGUGUGGGAUUAUUAUUUCUAAAUGUGUUACUCAUCGUAACGGGCAUACAAUAAAAAGCAUCUCUUGCACUCCAAAUAUUUUGGAGUCUAUUUCUCAUUUAUGGUGACUUAGGAAAGUCUCAUUCGGUGUAAUUUUGCCUUGCUGUUUUAGUUACGUUGUUAUUCCCUGGUUAAUCUGAAAUGUAAUAACAUCUCAAGUGAACAGGUUGCCCGAGGUACACACGUGUACCACUGCUGAGGGGGAAGAUCGAGGUCCCAGUUAACCCCCUGAGGUUGCCAGUAGUGUAAGUACUCUUGUUUCUAAAUAAUUACCAGGUGAGAUUCUGCCAUAGCUUUGGAAUUCUUUCACUUUUUGGAAAAGGGCAGGUAGGUGCUGACUUUUUAUUAACUGAAUAAUAAGAACAGCUGUCAAAAUGCUAAUAGUACUGCUGUCUUAACUUUCUUCUCUUUUAGGAUACUUGAAUUAUGACGUCGGUGAUAGAUUGGAACCUCUAAGAAAGUAACACGGUGUUAAAUGAACACUUGGAGGAUUUCCGGCGUGCUUUUAGCCAGCCAAUGAGUGGCUUUUAUGCUGACAAAGUGCAGACGUUAAUGGAAUAGCCCGUGUUUUGUUUCUGAUGCUUCCUUCUGUAGGUCCAGCAGUCAGAGGAGGAGAUGGUGACAGUCACAAAAGCUUAAAAAUUAAUCUUGUGUUUUGUUGACUAUUUUAAUGCUUUAUUCCUGAAAACUGUAUUGAAUAUGUAGACUGGAGGAGAUCCUUCACAGCAGGCUGAAGAUGACCGUUCAGUGCUGGCUCAUUUUCCCACCUUCAGGAUGGACAAAAUAACCAGAUAUGUGAGUUCUUUUAACAUCUUCGGCCAGCAUUGUAACUAGAUUCAGUUCUGCAUUGUGUAAGGACCCACCAGAGUUGGUGUGGUACAGAACAGGCCAUAGGGGCAGCAGACAAAGGAGUACAGUGGAAGGCUUUGGCCUUACAAGAUUUCAUAGUUCAAAAUCAUAGAUGUAGGUAACUCUGUGACAAAUGGUUGUUUUGUUUAAGAUGAGAUAAUACACAUCAAAUUUGGAUUUUGUAUUUUCUAAAUCUCUAACUGAAUUCCAGUUGUUAUUUUACCUGUCAUAGAAUUAAAGGUCGGAAAGGACAUAGAAGAUCAUCUGUCUACAAGAUCCAACUGUCCUCCUGUCACUGUUACUACCGCUAAGCUACGAACCAUACCACCCAGCACCUCAUCCAGACACCAUCUUUUGGUGUACUGUUUUUUCUUGUGUAUGGUUUCUUUCUACAGCUUCAGCUGAGAAAACUCCCUAAAUGCUGCUAAUUUAUUACAAUCGUGGGUUGUACCAUAACUUCUCAGAAUUAAUAUUGGUUCAGAACCACGGUGUCUGCCAUCCUAAAAAGCACAGUGCAGCGUGGGACAUCAGUUCUGUUAUUCAGAUUUUCUGUUGCACAUAGUUUUUCCAUGCCCAAAACUCUUACACACUGUAAAGUCCACAGAGUGUUAUUUUGAGGUUUGUUUUUUAACAUGUUUAAUGAUGGCAAGAACAGUGUGGUGGGCGCUGGAUAAAGACUUACUUCCAUUUCAGCUUCAUCAUCUUUCGAAGUUCUGUAACCUUGUAUUACAGAAGCUGAAAUGGGUUUUGAGUGUUCCUGCAGGUCUGCCUAAGUGAGAUUUCCUUCUAGUUAGGAAAAAGAAGUUGUACCUUUCAGAAUGUGGAAAUCAGUGAGGAACAUGUUUUCCACUAUGUGGGAGGAAACAGUGGUUGGAAAAACUACAACUGUAAUUGGUUGUUGUCAGCUGAGGAACAAAUUUAGGAAUGAGAGAGGAGCUGAAGAACAGGUACAGCCUAGGAGUCUGUGUAGGAGCCCUGCUGUCUGUGAAAGAUAGAUGGAGAACCUGAGCUGAGUUUAAUGGCAGUGGUUAUGGGCAGCCUUCUCCAGUGGGAAGUAUGAAGAUGAGUUACCAGUAUAGUUUGGUUGGCUUAUUGCUUUAGCAUUUUGGACGUGUCAUUAUAUUCAUUAUUUCUUCCUUCUUUUGGCAGUGAAACAGCAAAAUGGCCAGUGAAGCCUAGCUAAGAAGAGUGUGGAAAUAAGGUCUGUUGAAGGCAAAAAUAGUAGUUUCAAAUGCCCGCAAUUAAAGGUGAUGAAAUGGAGAGAGUAUAUGGAAGAACGCCAGCAGAGUAAUCUCAAGGUAAAGGCCGGAGUAAAGCUUCUUCCUUUGGAGCUGUUUGCAAUGCUUCUAGCUUGCCAGGCCCAGAUGAGUUCACGGCAAAGACCACAAUGGCUGAAAGAAUGACUGAAGAACAGGUGGUAGGCACGUCAGGAACAAUGGAAGUCCUCACCAGCGUGGCAUGCCUUUCUCUUCUGAGAGAAAAGUAAGUGCAAGAAACAGUAUGAAUAACAUUUGUGCACAGAUGUUAGCAGCAACUUAUGGACAUAGGUACCAGUUUGUUAUGAUGAGGACAAGACGUUGUCUUGCAUUGCCUUCAUGCUUUCAUGUUCUUAAUUUCUUCCCUGGCCUUUCCCUCACUAUCAGACCAAACCUUUUACUGAUGGGAAAAAACAAACAAACAAACAAACAAAGCAGAAAAUAAAGCAGUUUUAGGUGUUUGUUGUGGACGCCUUUAACCAGCUUGGAUGGCUGAGGGAUUUCUUUCAUUCCUGAAAGCAAAGAAACAAGCAGCCUGUUAGAAGGUGAUAUGCAUUUCACUGAAGUGUCUGCUGUAUAAAGCAUGCUUCAGUUAACUUGUACACUUAUUUUCUCUAACAGUCUCUAAGUGCCUCAGUGAGCCUUCCCCUUUCCAAGUGCUGUGCAUGUCAGCUCUUACAGCAGCUCUGGAAUGGUCAUUAAGCUGCAGACAAUUCUGUUCAACAAGUGGCAGAGGCCAGAACUGGCAUCAUUCUCUGUCUACAGUAAUCACAAGAAUAGAUAGUGGUGGGAGGGGUUGUUUUUGUAUUAAUGAAUACCAGCAAGCACAGGAAGUUAUCAGACACUACAGAGUUUCUACCCUAGAAUUUUUCUCUAAUAUAACUAAGAUUGAAGUACUUCUGCUUGAGCAUCCUAAGAGAGUCAGCAUGAUGAAUACUCAUUACUUGAAAGGCACUGUCACAUACGGGCUACUUUCAGUACCCUGUUCAGAUACUUAUCAGUCAGCAUCGCUAUUCAGUAAUGAAUGCAGAUAGAAAGAUUUGGCUGACAGAACAUGAACGCAGAAAAAAUAUUUGUCAAGCUUGGAGGAAACUGGCACUUCUCAAACUGGAUUUAUCAGUUCUAUCUUGCAACAAAGUCAUUUUGUUUCAGCUGAAACUUGCACCUGUGAUAAAGACCUUGGGAAACUCAAAAUGCAACCAGUUAAUAGUUCUUACUUAUUCAGUGAUAUUGAUCUCUUUAAAUGCAGCGUGCAUUCAUUGUUUUCACUUUUAUAAUGGAAAAUAUGACUAACUUUUCAAGUAAGCUAGGAAGAGGUCUUAGCUUUUUAUUACUGUUAUUUCUCUACUACCAUGUUAUUUCCUUGCUUGCCAGAUGUUUCACUUUCAGCCUACUCAGGCUGCUUUUGUUAAGUUGCUUGUUCUUAGUUAUGUCCCCCAGAAAGCUAUUCUUACGUUUCUGUCCUGGCUGUGAGCUGGCCGUGCUGAUCUUUCUCAAGUCUUUACCUUGUAUUCAGACUUGAUGCUAUCUUGUGCCCUGUAACAUAAACAGCUUCUGCAGUCCCACUUUCUGUAACUUUAAGCCACCCUUUAAAAAGAAAUCACCACUCUCCUGCGUUUCCUGGAAUUAGUCACUGCUCUGUCUCUGUGUGAGUUUCAGGAACGUGGUGCUUAAUCUGUUUUAAUAAUAGUGCAGAGUAAUUAAUAGUCAUGAUUCAGAGGAAUACCAUACACCCCAAACACACCACCUGCACCUUUCACCUGAGAGCAGAGCACUGAAGAAGUUCUCAGCUCCUCACUGCAGCUACUGAUGCCUGCAAGACUGCCUCAUGCACCUGGGCAAAGACUGUUAGAGCAACACCACUUCCUUUGUUGAAGGGUUUAACAAACUGAACACUUGAAACCCACUGCUAGGAAGAAAUGUAACCUCCUUCACUGUGCAGAUCUUGCAAGUCUGUGAACCAUCUGUUUGUAUUAAAGCAACUGAGCUUGGACUUCACAAGUUAAAUUUCGUCAUAAUGGACUUUGUACCGAGGGGGACCACAAAUGGAUGAGGCCAUGGGGACUGAGAAAUACAACUUCACUUACCCCCAGGUCAUCCUGUAAAUGGCAGAGCUCUUCACGUAAGUUUUUGAAAGUGGAAAGCACAAGUCUCAAAGAUUUAUCUGAUGUCACUCUCAUCUGGGAGGAGAAAAAAUAAAAUAGAGGUUGUUGUAAUUAA